AUGGAGGCCUAUGUGGGAACCCGAGGCGUUGCGCUUGUAAAGGCAGAAGGUCUAGACGAAGAAAAUAUGGGUCUUCAUUCCAGCAAGGUCGUCGUCGAACGGAAUGGGGCGUACUACUUGGAUGGCGUUCUUCAAACUAUCUACCUGUCUUCACCAAACAUCGAGAGUGAGGUGAGGAGUCCAGACUGGAAAUUGGAAUGGGGCUAA